CUAAAUAUCGAUUCAUUUGAUUUACUUUUAAAAGGGUACAUAUUGUGACUGAUUUCAGUAAUUGCGCAUACAGAUCAAAAGUUGGGCUAGUUGCUGACCUAAAAUUAUUACCAACAAAUUUUAGACCAAUGAUGGUCGGUGUAGGGGUUCACAACUUUUGUAAUUUAAAUGGUAGCUAUUUGAGUUGUGCGCUCUUGGACUAAAAAUAGAUUAAUAUAUCUUACUGACAUGGUUGACUUCAUUUAGUGGACAACAUGCCAGCGGAUGCCCUGCCAGUAGUGGUCAUCAACUAUCUACUCCUAGAGCAUACCCUCGGGCUUCUUCUGAUCCGGCCCUUCGUCAACGUCAACAUCACCAUCACCGCCCCCACCCACAACUUCUGGCCUUGGAUCCCCAUCUUCGAGCCCGCCACUGCCAACAAUUCGACUAAGGACUUUUUGCAGAUACCAUCCCAUAAUUUCUGGCCUUGGAUACCAGUCGACUCUGACGACUUCUUUAAGAGAAAUGACACCAAAGACUACUUUGAACUCCCAACACACAAUUUCUGGCCGUUCAUCCCAAUCUCAGAAGGGAACCAGACCGUUGAGCCAACAGUUCCACCGAAGGUGCCUUGGCCACCUAGCACGAAUAGAUACAACUAUGGUGAGGUGAUGUACAAGUCCAUACUGUUUUUCGAAGUCCAACGCUCUGGAUGGCUCCCUGAGCAUAGAAAAAUUAAAUGGCGAGGUCAUUCAGCACUGGAAGACCACGGUUCAGAUGGAGAAGACUUGUCAGGAGGAUGGUACGACUCGGGAGAUUACGUGAAAUUUGGCUUACCCAUGGCCUCGGCGACGACCUUGCUUCUCUGGGGCCUUGUGGAGUAUCCUGACUCCUACAAGUCGUCUGGCCUCCUGGACGACAUGAGAGACUGUGUUCGCUGGCCGCUGGACUACUUUAUCAAGGCACACCCCCAGAAAUAUGUAUUCUACGGGCAGGUGGGUGACCCGUAUUUAGACCACACCUACUGGGGCAGACCGGAAGACAUGGAUAUGGAGAGACCCGCCUACAAACUGACACCGGAAGCGCCUGGAAGUGACGUCAUUGCAGAGACAGCCGCUGCUAUGGCUGCCGGCUACAUGGCUUUUAAGGUAGCAGAUCCAGGUUAUGCCAAAUUACUUCUGAAGCAUGCACAAGAACUUUUUGAGUUUGCUGAGAACUUCAGAGGCGCCUACUCUGAGAGUAUAGAGAGCGCUGCAGAGUUUUACGGGUCUUCCAACGAUGAGGACGAACUGGCCUGGGCCGCGGCCUGGCUGUAUCAAGCCACCAACAACAAGGCCUACAUCAAGAAAGCAGAGUACUGGUACAAGCUGGCCCCGGACUGCUGGGCACAGAGCUGGGCGGACAAAACCUGCGGUACUCCUGUCUUGUUGUAUAAGCUGACUAAGGACAAGAAAUAUCUGUUGGACAUUGAGAAGAUGUUCUACCACUGGCUGCCUGGGGGGACCAUUCACUACACACCCAAAGGCUUGGCCUACAAGGAUGGCUGGGGGACAUUACGUUACACAGCAAACAUGGCCUUCCUUUCUUUGGUGGCAGCCGAUUUAAACGUCCAGAAAAAGGCCUACAGGCAAUGGGCUAAGCAGCAGAUCCACUACAUGCUUGGGGACGCUGGGCGUAGCUACGUCAUAGGUUUUGGUCAAGAUCCACCAACCAGGCCGCAUCAUGCUUCAAGCUCUUGUCGCCCUGCGCCCCACGACUGUAGCUGGGCGGACUACAACAAGCCCGGACCCAAUUCGCACACUUUAUACGGGGCGCUGGUCGGAGGACCGGGGCGCAACGACGAAUAUGUGGACUCCCGAGACGAUUACAUACACAAUGAGGUGGGCUGCGAAUACAACGGCGGCUUCCAGUCCGCUGUAGCAGCAUUACGUAACCUGGAGUUGUCACCCUCGUGAUGAGAUGUGAAGCAUAAUACCUUUGUAUGGAACAACAUUGUACCUCAAACCCUGACAUGUAACAGCGUGACUCCUUGAGCCUGGACCUGUUAACACUCGGAGCAUAGUCCAGUUACAAAUGUAGAUUAAAAACAUGUUAAAUUAAAUUAAUCAGAUGACAAGAGAAGACAAAACAGGAUUACCAAUUACGUUGUGGUUGUGAGAUUAAUGAAUCAAUGUGUAUUAAUUACCGGUAUAUUGGUAUUUGAUAGUGGUAUCCCUUACUUUGAAUAUUACUAAUAACAUUGGAGAUUUGCAUCAAAAUGGCUGAUAUGUAUAAAUCGCUAGCUAUUUUUGGGUUGUUCUAGCGUACAGAAUAUAGGCAGUAUUGAUUAGCCAUGUAUUUUAAAAUGUGUAUGAUAAUAUUUGUGCAAAUUAUAGCAUUGUAGAAUCAAGCUUUUAAGCCUUUUGGCUUGUAGAACAAAGCAGUUUCUAUUUUUUUGGUUGGCAGCAGUAUAUUUCAAUACAGCGACAAUGAUAUUGUUUCAUUUAGCUAUUUGAUGAGCAGUCUCUCCUAAUUAGUCCUAAUCAUCUUUACAUUUUAUUACGUUGCAUUUCUUUUCGUUACUUUAUAUCGCCUCCACAUUUCUGCAUAUAGCUUUCUCUUCGUUUUCUAUGUCAGUGUAAUUAAUUUCUUAAAUAACGUGCACACUAUUUUAAAAUAAAAAAAUAAAACAAAGGGGAGACUAUUAGCUUUAAAGUGUAACGUGAAACUUGAGAAGUAAUCAUUGGGGGAAUUACUGCGUUUAAAAGUUACCUCACAAAUUCCUUGAAAAGGAACGACAUUGUUCUGUUAUUUUUACAAUGCUUAUUUCAACUCUGUUUGUUUGUCUGGUACAAUUUUUUUUCACGAGUGUUGUUACCUGUGGUUGACUUGUAGCACCAAGCUGCUGGUAGACAGCGAGACCGUUGUUGGCGUAAUGUAUCUCAACUAUUAACCUUGGUUAGGCCAAUAAUAGAAUAUGCAUCCUCUUUUUGGGACCCCUCAACUCAAGAGAACAUUAAGAAACUGGAACAGACACAAAAUAGAGCAGUGAGAUUCAUAACAAACGAAUAUUCACAUUUGACUAGAGCAGCACCUUUAGUUAAAUCACUAAAUUUAGAAAGCCUUCAGGACAGAAGACUUAAAAGUGAAGUAGCAAUUAUACAUACAACACUGAACCAUAAUCUUCAAAUACAAAAACAGAAUUUAAUAAAAUACUCAGAAAGACACAAAGAUAAAGGUACAUUCCUCGUCCCAUAUUCUAGGACAAAUUUGUACAAAUACUCCUUCUUCCCUAGUGCUAUUAGACCAUGAAAUGGAUUGCCUGAGCUAGCCAGGAAAACCAGUGACUUGGCAGAAUUUAAGUCAUUGGUUAAUAUGCAUGACUGAAUGCAUGACGCAUAGGACGUAAUCGUCUUUUUUGAAGUAACGUCUAUAUUAUAUAAGAUAAGAUAAGAUACUAAAACUCGAAAUAACUUGAAUAAGUUCCAAUACUAAAUAACUAUUUAUAAUAAAACAAAAUCAACUCUAUAAGACAUAAAAUAAAUGUACUAGACUUUCCGUAAUAAUAUUCUUUAAAGAAAUCUAACUCACUCACAAUAGCCCAACCUUUCAGUCUCAUGUUCUGGAGUCGUCUCUUCUUAGUCACGACAACGCCACCUAUGUUGCAUCAUUUACAACCAAUCGUUAACCUCUUCCCACCGUCACCAUGGAUACACACACGCACGCACGCACUCCAUAACAACGCUAUUUCUCGAAUCAAGUAACAACUCUUACUAACAAAACGUAAAUUAAUCGAAACAUAAGAGAUUAUUAUUUUUGUUUGCUUGAUAUCGAAAAAGGGAAAAUAAAACUUACAGUAUUGAGAAGCAUGUUUUAUGUAAAGUUAUUCCCCCUUAGAUGACGUUUGUUUGUUUUCUUAUUUUUUUUUUUUUAUUUGCUUGUUAUUUAUUUAUUCUUAUUUGAUUUCAUGUGAAAACUUGACAAGAGAAUGUAUAAUUAUUGAACUGUAGAUAAUUAGAAGCAACUCUUCGGAUUUGGGAGAACUGAAAGAGAGGAAGAAAGACUGAGAAAAAAGAAAGGUUUUCGUGUGUUUGUGUUAUUGUGUGUGGGUGUGUGAAAGUGAGACUAAUAGAAAGUGAGACUUUAAUGUAUACAACAUGUCACUGUACUUACGAUGUAUUACUGUUUGAAGUUCACUAUGUCAUAAUUGGAAUUUUUAGUCCACAGCUAAUGUUCAGAUUGACAAGAAUACAUAUGAUUUAAACAAAGAUAUGCAGUAUUGUCUUUUCUAGUUUCUAUACACACCUCGACACGUUGUGUGGUGAUUUUAAUAAUAAUUUAUAGAAUGGGGGGGGGGAG